AUGUCAGGCAACAUUCCAGACCCGCGCGCCGACCAUGGCGACGGCCGCGAGGAGCUCGCCCGCACCCCCACCAACUCGACCUCCCAGUCGCUCCCCGGCCAGAUCAGAGACCACGAGCUCGCCACCAACACCACACCUUCCAGCGUCCACGGACAUCACGCUACUAGCGAAAAGGCCACCGCCAACAGCGAGAAGCAGGGCAAGUGGCGCAAGACUCAGCAGCUCGAGGAGCUGCGCGACCGCUACCAGGACGGCGCAUCCAUGGUCCGCAGGCUCGGCGUCACCUUCGACAACCUCACCGUCCGGGGCUCCAACACCGGCAUCCUCUACAACGAGACCUUCCUCUCCCAGUUCAAGCCCGGCUUCCUCUCUAAGCCGGCCGGCGGCGCAAAGCCGGCGGCCUCGCAGGUCAUCCUCGACCGCGUCCACGGCUGCGUCAAGCCCGGCGAGAUGCUCCUCGUCCUCGGCCGACCCGACUCGGGCUGCACGACGCUGCUCAGCAUGCUCUCCAAUCGGCGCAACGGCUACGGCCAGAUCGAGGGCGACGUCCACUUUGGCAGCCUCGACCACCAGCAGGCGCAGGAGCACCGGGGCAUCAUCAUGAUGAACACCGAGGAGGAGGUCUUUUUCCCCUCGCUCACCGUCGGCCAGACGAUGGACUUUGCCACCCGGCUCAAGGUGGCCGCAAAACUGCCGCACGGAUGCCAAACGGCCCAAGAGGCGGCCGAGAUGGAGAAGUCCUUCUACCUCGACGCCCUAGGCAUCUCGCAUACCGAGCAGACCAAGGUCGGCAACGAGUACGUCCGCGGCGUCUCGGGAGGCGAGCGGAAGCGCGUGUCGAUCAUCGAGUGCAUGGCCGCCAGGGCCAGCGUCUACUGCUGGGACAACUCGACGCGCGGCCUCGAUGCCAGCACCGCGCUCGAGUGGACCAAGGCGAUCCGCGCCAUGACCGACGUCCUCGGCCUCUCGACCAUCGUCACCCUCUACCAGGCGGGCAACGGCAUCUUCGAGCAGUUCGACAAGGUCCUCGUCCUCGACGGCGGCGUCGAGAUGUUCUACGGCCCGCGCGAAGAGGCGGUGCCCUUUAUGAACUCCCUCGGCUUCUUUUGCGACCCUGCGGCCAACAAGGCCGACUUUCUUACGGGCGUCUGCGUCCCCACCGAGCGCAAGAUCAUCCCCGGCUUCGAGAAUCGCUUCCCGCGCACACCCGCCCAGAUCCGCGACGCCUACGAGCAGAGCCACAUCGCCGCCGCCAUGCGAAGCGAGUACAGCUACCCGUUGUCGCAGGAGGCGCAGGAAAACACCCAGCGCACCGUCCAGGUCCGCACCGAGGAGAGGGACAGCAGCCUGCCCGCCCACUCUCCGCUCACCACGCCGUGGACCUCGCAGGUGAUGGCGUGCGUCGUCAGGCAGUACCAGAUCCUCUGGGGUGACAAGUCCACGCUCAUCAUCAAGCAGGCCGCCGCGCUCCUCCAGGCCCUCGUCAUCGGAUCGCUCUUUUACAACGCUCCCGACACCAGCGCCGGCCUCUUCCUCAAGGGCGGCGCGCUCUUCUUCGCCGUCCUCUACAACAGCAUGACGGCCAUGUCCGAGGUGACCGACUCGUUCACCGGACGCCCGGUCAUGGCCAAGCACCGCGCGUUUGCCCUCUUCCACCCGUCGGCGCUGUGCAUCGCCCAGAUCGCCGCCGACAUCCCCAUCAUCCUGUUCACCAUAACGCACUUUGGCAUCAUCCUCUACUUCAUGGUCGGCCUCGAGUCGUCGGCGGGCGCCUUUUUCACCUUCUACGCCGUCGUCUUCUCCAUCACCAUGUGCAUCACGGCCCUGUUCCGGGCCAUCGGCGCCGGCUUCAGCGACUUCCAGGCGGCCGCCAAGAUCUCGGGCCUCGCCAUGACGGUCCUCAUCAUGUACACCGGCUACAUGAUCCACAAGCCGGACAUGAAGCACUGGUUCGUGUGGCUCUACUGGAUCGAUCCGCUGGCGUACGCCUUCGAGUCGAUCAUGGCCAACGAGUUCCGCGGCAAGGUGAUCGAGUGCGUCGGCCACAACAUCGUCCCCUCGGGUCCCGGCUACGAGGACCGCCGCUUCGCCUCGUGUGCCGGCAUCGGCGGUGCUCCCCGCGGCAACACCUCGCUCACGGGCGAGCAGUACCUGCACUCGCUCGCGUACGCCGACGGCCACCUCUGGCGCAACUUUGGCAUCGUCUGGGCCUGGUGGGUCUUCCUCGUCGCCAUCACUGUCUUCUUUACCUGCAGGUGGCAGUUGGCGGGCGACGGCGGCCGCAAGCUGCUCGUGCCCCGCGAGCGGCAGCACCUUGUCCACCAGCGCCUCAAGCUCAACCAGGACCCCGAGGCCGCCAUGACCACGGCCGAAAAGGACGCCGCCGCCGCGACCAGCGGCGCUGCCACCGAGGGCGGCGCGGCUGCCGACAACGACCUCUCCAGCCAGCUCAACCGCAACACCUCGAUCUUCACCUGGAAGAACCUCACCUACACGGUCAAGACGCCUGGCGGCGACCGCAUCCUCCUCGACAACGUCCAGGGCUACGUCAAGCCAGGCAUGCUCGGCGCUCUCAUGGGGUCCUCGGGAGCCGGCAAGACGACGCUACUCGACGUGCUGGCGCAGCGCAAGACUGACGGCACCAUCCAGGGCUCGAUCCUCGUCGACGGCCGCCCGCUGAGCGUCUCGUUCCAGCGCUCCGCAGGUUACUGCGAGCAGCUCGACGUGCACGAGGCUUACGCCACGGUUCGCGAGGCGCUCGAGUUCUCGGCCAUCCUCCGCCAGCCCCGCGACGUGCCGCGUGCAGAGAAGCUGCGCUACGUCGACACCAUCAUCGACCUCCUCGAGCUGCACGACCUCGAGCACACCCUGAUCGGCCGUGUCGGCUCCGGCCUCAACGUCGAGCAGCGCAAGCGCGUCACGAUCGGCGUCGAGCUCGUCGCCAAGCCAUCGAUCCUCAUCUUCCUCGAUGAGCCCACCAGCGGCCUCGACGGGCAGGCGAGCUACAACACGGUGCGCUUCCUGCGCAAGCUGGCCGACGUCGGGCAGGCGGUGCUGGUGACGAUCCACCAGCCCUCGGCGCAGCUGUUCGCCCAGUUCGACUCGCUGCUGCUGCUGGCGCGGGGCGGCAAGACGGUCUACUUUGGCGACAUCGGCGACAAUGCGGCGACGAUCAAGGACUACUUUGGCCGCAACGGCGCGCCGUGCCCCGAAGGCGUCAACCCGGCAGAGUACAUGAUUGACGUCGUGUCGGGCGAGGCGUCGCAGGGCAAGGACUGGAACCAGGUCUGGCUCGCCUCCGAGGAGCACGCCCGGGUGUCGGCGCGGAUCGACGAGAUGAUCGCAGAGGCGGCCGCCAAGCCGCCGGGCUACACCGAGGACGGCUACGAGUUCGCCACGUCGUACUGGGAGCAGACCAAGGUCGUGACUAGGCGCAUGAACAUCUCGCUCUACCGCAACACCGACUACCUCAACAACAAGGUUGCGCUGCACAUCUUCAGCGCGCUGUUUGUCGGCUUUUCGUUCUACCAGCUGGGAGACGGCGUGGGCGACCAGCAGCUCAAGCUGUUUGCCAUCUUCAACUUCAUCUUUGUGGCGCCAGGCGUCAUUGCGCAGCUGCAGCCCCUCUUCAUCGAGCGCCGGUCGAUUUACGAGCAGCGCGAAAAGAAGGGCAAGAUGUACCACUGGGGGCCCUUUGUGACGGCCCUCAUCGUCUCGGAGAUCCCCUACCUCAUCAUCUGCGGCCUCUUCUACUUCUUCUGCUACUACUACACGGUCGGGUUCCCGACGGCGUCCAAGUCGGCCGCCUCGGUCGUCUUUGUCAUGAUCUUCUACGAGAUGCUCUACACCGGCAUCGGCCAGAUGAUCGCGGCGUACGCACCGAACCCCGUCUUCGCCUCGCUGGUCAACCCGCUCUUUAUCGGAGUUAUGGUGUCGUUCUGCGGCGUGCUGGUGCCCUACUCGCAGAUCACGGCCUUCUGGCGGUACUGGAUCUACUACAUCAACCCAUUCUCGUACCUCAUGGGCAGCCUGAUGGCCUUCACCAUGUGGGACAGCGACGUGCAUUGCAAGCCCGACGAGCUGGCCUACUUCAACCCUCCCGCCAACCAGACGUGCCGGCAGUACCUGUCUGGCUUCCUCGCGCGCGACCCGGCGGCCAACCUGCUCAACCCGGAUGCGACGUCGCAAUGCCAGGUGUGCAGCUACACGCGCGGCAGCGACUUCCUCAGGACGGUCAACAUCAACGCGUACGGGUACGGCUGGAGGGACGCGGGCAUCGUCGUCCUGUUUGUCUGCUCGUCGUACGCCCUCGUGUACGGCAUGAUGAAGCUGCGGACCAAAAGGUCCAAAAAGGCCGAGUAA